GGAGUACCAGGCUGGGCUGGGCUGAGCUUGGGCUGCGGCGCUGCGGCGGGCGGACCUCUGGGUCUGGCCACCCUCAUUGUGGCCGCCGGCCCGCGGAGCCAUGGGCUGCCUGUCUCUCCUGCUCUUGCCCCUGUCUUUCCUGGCAUUCGCGACCGCCAGAUUCAUCCGGCCCAGGCUAAGGACCCUCGACAGCCUACACUUGUUAGCCAGCCCCACAUCCCGCCCUGUUGUAGACAAUAACUACUCCGUUCUUUACUUCCCACAGAAGGUUGAUCAUUUUGGAUUUAAUAACGUGAAAACUUUUAAACAGCGGUACCUAAUAGCUGAUAAACACUGGAAGAAAAAUGGUGGAUCCAUUCUUUUCUACACUGGUAAUGAAGGAGACAUUAUCUGGUUUUGCAAUAAUACGGGGUUCAUGUGGAAUGUGGCUGAGGAGCUAGAGGCUAUGUUAGUGUUUGCUGAACAUCGAUACUAUGGAGAGUCCCUGCCCUUUGGUGAGGACUCAUUCAAGGAUUCCAAGCACUUGAAUUUUCUGACAUCAGAACAAGCUCUGGCUGAUUAUGCAGAGUUAAUCAGACACUUGAAAAGAACAAUCCCAGGAGCUGACAGUCAACCUGUCAUUGCUGUAGGGGGCUCUUAUGGUGGCAUGCUUGCAGCCUGGUUCAGAAUGAAAUAUCCUCAUCUAGUGGUUGGAGCUCUUGCAGCUUCUGCCCCCAUCUGGCAGUUUGAGGAUUUGGUUUCCUGUGGUGUUUUCAUGAAGAUUACAACUGAAGAUUUUAGAAAAAGUGGUCCGAAUUGUGCAGAGAGCAUCCUCAGAUCCUGGGGUGCCAUUAACCGAAUCUCAAGGACAGGCCGUGGUCUCCAGUGGCUUACUGAAGCUCUUCACCUUUGUAGCCCCUUAACUUCUGGGGACAUCUCAGUUUUAAAAGAAUGGCUGUCUGAAACCUGGGUGAAUCUGGCCAUGGUGAACUACCCUUAUGCAACCAGCUUUUUACAGCCUUUGCCUGCUUGGCCUAUUAAGGUGGUGUGCCAGUAUUUGAAAAAUCCUAAUGUAUCUGAUACAUUGCUGCUGCAGAAUAUUUUCCAAGUUCUAAAUGUGUAUUAUAAUUAUUCAGGUCAGGCAAAGUGCCUGAAUAUUUCAGAAACAACUACCAGUAGUCUAGGAUCUAUGGGGUGGAGCUAUCAGGCCUGCACAGAAAUGGUCAUGCCCUUUUGUACAAAUGGUAUUGAUGACAUGUUUGAACCUUUUCAUUGGGACUUGAAGAUAUUUUCUGAUAAUUGUUUUAACCAGUGGGGUGUGAAACCACGACCUUUUUGGAUCACUACCUUGUAUGGUGGCAAAAACAUCAGUUCACACUCAAACAUUGUUUUCAGCAACGGUGACCUCGACCCAUGGUCAGGAGGUGGAGUAACCAAAAACAUCACAGAUACUCUGGUGGCUAUCAACAUCCCAGACGCAGCCCAUCAUUUAGAUCUGCGAGCCAACACUGCCUUUGAUCCCUCCUCUGUGCUGUUGGCCCGGUCAUUGGAAGUUAAAUACAUGAAGGGAUGGAUCACAGAUUUCUAUGGCAGUGCCAGAAGGCAGGGCUGAGCAACUUUUU